AUGGCAACACAGACGACAGACGUUAGGAAGAGAGUCAAGGUCUAUCAGCUCGAUAUCAAUGGCAAGUGGGAGGACAGGGGCACGGGAUUCGUGUCAUGCACCUUUCUCGACUCAUUGGCUGCACACUGCAUCUUUGUCAAGUCUGAGGAGGACGGGUCGUCGAUUCUCGAGUCCAGGGUCUAUAGUCUGGACAUCUAUCAGCGUCAGCAGGACACGCUCAUCGUCUGGACCGAGCCCAACACCAACCAAGACCUGGCGCUCAGCUUCCAGGACUCGGCCGGCUGUCAGGACGUGUGGGAGUUCAUCAGCACACAUCAGCGCAAGGACUCCUCCGAUGUCGAGCUCAUCGACAUACCCGAGCCCACCGUUGACAACAUCACUGCCAUCAGGGAGACGAUUGAUCCCACUCUUCCACAAGCAUAUCGCGAGAAGAUUGUGGCUACUAUACUCAAAGAUGAUUAUCUCAAUGCACUGCUGAGCAUGUUUGAUGAUUUGGAGAAGGAGUGCGACAUUGACAACCUCCAUCAGAUGUUCACUAUAUUCAAGAAUCUGAUACUAUUCAAUGACUCUUCAAUAUUCGAAGUGUUACUGGCGGAGGAGUACUUAUUAAGGGUCAUGGGAGUUCUGGAAUAUGACCCAGAGAUUGCAGAUCAGAAUAGGAUCAAACAUAGGGAGUUCUUGAGCCAACAGGUGAUAUUCAAGGAGGUGGUCAAGUUCUCAACGGAUGCACUGAUAUCAACUAUUCACCAAACAUUUCGAAUCCAAUAUCUCAAGGAUGUCGUCCUGCCCAGGGUGUUGGAUGACUACACCUUUACAACAUUGAACUCCAUUAUAUACUUUAACAACUCAGAGAUAGUUGGACACAUUCAGAAGGAUACAUUAUUUCUACAAAAGAUAUUCACACAGAUACAACAGAGUGUACGGGGCUCAUCCGAGAGGAGAGACCUGAUGCUAUUCCUUCAGGAGCUAUGCACACUGUCCAAGAGUCUACAGCCUCCAGGCAAGAUACAGUUUUUUCAAACACUAGCAUCGCUCGACCUCUUCAAAACACUAUCCACUACACUCGACGACGAGAACACUCAAACUAGAAUAUCAACAACUGAGGUCCUACUAUCUACAUUGUCACAUGAAACCAAGAUGCUACGAAGCUACAUUGUAUCAAACAGCACAUUCUUAUCACAACUGUUGGUGGCAUUCAUCAAUGAUUCAGACAUUGGCGUUAAGAAUCAGAUUGUUGAGAUUAUCAAAGUGUUGAUAGAGGCUGACUUGGCCGAGAUGAGCGAGUUCUUUAGACUGUUCUAUGAACGAGGCAUCUAUGAGUUGGUUGCGCCAUUGUCAAAGAACAGCAUCACCAACAGCAACAGCAACAGCAAUGGCAUUGAUGAAUGCCGUCCAAUGAUACCAGGUGAUCCAAGCACAAACCUGGAGUCGUUUGUAUUGUACAAUGUAGUCGAACUUAUUAUAUACUGUAUAAAGCACCACUCGUUCCGCAUCAAGAACUUCAUCAUCCAGGAGAACAUUGCCCAGACAAUCUUGCGAUUGACGUCGAGCACCGAGCGCUACCUGGUGCUGGGCGCCAUCCGAUUCUUCCGGUGUCUGGUCAGCAUGAAGGACGAUCUGUACAACAACUUCAUCGUCAAGGAGCAUCUGUUUGACCCGAUCAUCGCGGCCUUCCGUCAGAACCUUGAUCGCUACAACCUCAUCAACUCGGCAGUCAUCGAGCUGUUUCAGUUCAUCUACAAGGAGAACAUCAAGCAGUUGGUCGUCUACCUGGUCGAUCGCUAUCGACCACUCUUUGAGCCAAUCACCUACACCGAUGUCCUCAAGCACAUGAUCCUCAAGUACGAACAGAUCAAGGAUUCCUAUGAUAGCUCAGAGGCUGCAUUCUCAUCAGGAAGGAACACGAGGGAGUUGGAUGCAGAUGAGGAGGCAUAUUUCAAUCGCGACGAUGACUCGGACGACUCUGAUGAUAACAUUCACAUUGCAUAUAUUGACAACAAGACACUAUCACACAACAAGGAUGAUUAUCUGAUCAGUGGCACUGGCACUGGCAUCAUCAAUACCAAUAACAAUGUCAACAACAACAACAACAACAAGCAUAUACUCAAUGGAAAUGCAAGGAUAGUGGACUAUGACGACGAUGAUGAUGAUGACGAAGAGGACAUCGAGGAUGAUAUUAUUGUCAAUGAUGUGUUGGUACAACAAAAGCCGGCAGCAAUCAUACCAAAUGGAUCAACUUCUGAUGUGGAGGAGGAGGAGGAGGAUAGUAUAGAACAUACUCAACAGCAGGACGAGCUGAAAGUAGAUGAUCAGCCUCAACAACCAGACGACAACAACCAAACAACAACAACAGAUGACAAUAAGAGCAAUGAGACUGAAAGGAAGGGAACACCAAAGCGAAAGUAUGGAUGUGACGACGAUGACAGUCAAUCAAACAAUGGUGGAGGCAUAAUCAACAUUAACAAUCACCUGAGUAAUACUUGUGACAAUCUACACCCAACAACAUCAUCCGACAACAUCAACGCCGACGAACAUUGUACAAUUGAUGAAAACAACAACAACAUUAACAAUAGCGAUCAUGACAACGACAACGACAAUGACAACGACAAUGACAACGACAUUGACAAACAAAUCGACCAUCAUAUGAAGCGAGUGAAGCCAACACCAUCAGAACCAACCACAUCAUCAACAACAAUAUCAUCUGAAGUAAUGAUGGAUAAACAGGAUCAAUAA